AUGAGCGGCGACGUGAUGUUUGAUGCGCCUAGAAAACACAAUGUCUCCAAGAUGAGGGUCCACGAUUAUUUGUAUGUUUACUAUCCAAACUGUCGGUUGCCGACACACAUCGACAGAUCGUACAGCGCUUACUUGAAACGCGUGAAGGAAGGAAACAGCCUGCCUACACCUGAAUUUUGUGGCAAGGAUUCUUACAAAUAUACUGCUGUGGAAUCUUCCGCUCAGACGAUACCAUGGCAACCUGACGGGAAGGCAGCUCAACAAUGCAAAAAUACACCAGAAGUUAUGUACCUCGAUAAUCUAGAAUGGGGACCUGGUAUGCCAUACCGUGUUGGAGAUCUGCCAGCUGACUUUUACACCACUGCGAUCAUAAACAAGAUGCGUCAUGCCCGUGCCUGGAUGGAGCUGGUGGAAUGCGGGCAGUUUCCCAGCUGGAUUAAGAAUAGAGAUACUAUCAUUAGCGACGUCGUUAUGAAGGAUUGGCUGUUUAGACAGGGUGAAAUAGAUGAGCUGCAGGACAUACGACUGGAACUACUUCACCGUCUCCAGUCAGAACAGCGAGAGAAACAGACUAAUCGCAAUAGCCUGAAGCUGGCCAAGCUCUGGGCUUCCAAGAAACAGGAGAUGGAGAGGAAGGUCACUCACAUACGGAAGACCAGGGAUCGAGAACUCCGCAAGCUAACAGCCCUUCAUGAAGGCGGGGGUCGUGCUGGCCUGGUCGCACGAUUGAAGGCCUCCCGAGGAUCUGGAAGCGUGACGCAUGCCUCUAGAGACCCGACAUCAGACCUCCACGCGCCUCUCGCCAGACAUGGCUACCAGGCGCGCAGAAGACAUGCAGAGAUCAUCUACGACCCUAGCUUACUGUCUCUGGAAGACCACAACGAGCUGGCAGCACCCCCACCAUGGUUAGAGUCCUGCGGCCAGGACCUCACCAAGUCCUGCUCCGGCCACCUCCUUCCAAGGAAUCCCACCGUGCUCUGCGAACGGCAGACCAAGUGGAGCGAGCAGUUCUUAGAGAACCUUCAUAAUGAUCUGAAGAAAGCACGUCUAGGGGCAGCAAACACGACGGCAGGCCCGCUACACGUGUUGAAAUCACGCAAGGAGCCGGUCGUGAUCAGGCCCAGGACACCUGAGAUCGAAUGCUUGGAUGACUACGAGGAGUCAGCACAUCAGGCCGCACUAUUGCUGCAAAGGAUUAUCAGGGGCAGAGCUGUGCAGAAUUUGAUGUACGAAGGUCGCACCCGUGCUGCGGAAUUGACUGAAGAGUUGAAAACCACGCAUGGUCUUCAGAAGGAAGAUAAAAUCAGGAUAGCUAACGAGGAACUGAAAGCCAGGGAGUUCAAUGCUAGGAGGACGGAAACAGAACUCAGGGAAGACACCAUAUCGGCACUGGUGGACGAGCUCUGCGGUGGUGCAGUGUCUGCUGCUCUAGACUUCUUGGAGAAGGAGCUCCGAAGACUCAAGGAAGAGAGGAGACAGCAUGCCUUCCUGAUAAUUGCUUGUGAGUUAAUGGUUGCAGACGAGCAGACGGAUCACCUGAUGUGCGUGAAAAGACGAUGCGAGAAGCAGCAGAAGCUGGUAGAAGACAGCGAGAAGAGCAUCGCAGAAGGGAACACGAUGAGAUGUUUAAACAGGUCUCAAGUUAUCGCGUCCGGGUUAUACGCGCCGUACGCUCGUGUCUGGUUCUCGUCGGGCGGCGAGCUACCCUUACUCGCCGUCCGCAGACCCGCGCUUACUGUGGCCGGAGAUCGUCUCUCGAUCGUCGCCAACUGCGGCGACUGGGGCGUGAGAACCUUAGGAUUUUCUCCUUUGUUGUGGAUCCUAGGAGUGACCCAAGAGACAGUGGAGGCCUAUCUUCAAGAGAUUAUAGAUGAGGGCGUGGAAUUGGCCGCGGAAGUAGAAGCCACCCAAAGGGCGGAAGCCCAAGCACAGAAAUACAGUGAUACGCUCAUUGAUACUGAUGAUUUGACGACGUCUACCACAAAUGAAAUUGUAGCUGAACUCGUGCAACAGUUCCUUCUACCGCACGCCACGAAGGCUGCGGCCAGACAACGCAUUAAUAAGCUGCAGAAUUCCAAUUUGGAGACAGCUAGGAACACCAUCUUUGGACUUAUUAAUAGUGCUGAAGCCAAGAAAGCUCGACCCAAAGCUCCGGAGAAGUCAUUUGCAGAAAGGAUUCCAUUAUCUCAUGAAAUGCGCUGUAUGCUUACGGAUCUACUUGAUAAUGUUGUGAAGUUAUCGAGAAGCAACCGAAAAGAAUCUCAGGAAACUCGACGUGAGAUCAGAGGCAUAUGCGAGGAACGCAUGGAAGUAACCCUGGAUGCUAAACAUAUUGUUGAAUGCAUAUUCGAUUUGGCUACUAAAGCUAAAGUUCUACCCGUCAAAGAACACAAAUAUCACCACUUUAUGACGAAGAUUUAUACCGAUGCUCUUGAAAGAACCAAGGAACCAAUCCACGCUACUGAUUGUCCCAAAGAACUGCCAGAGGCAAUCAGAAGGAAGGCUGAGGAAGAAGCUCUGAAGAUUCACGGUGCUAUAUGCCUUUGCGACGUUGACGUGACAGGCAGUCCAAGCAACCCGCAAUUCGACGUUGUUUCGUUGCCAGACGAAGAGAAGAAAAAGCUGCUCCCAUCAGAGCUGAGGGAAUACGAGGAGUUGAAGAAAUGCAAGUGUGAUCAUGAAGCCAAAGUUGAUCCUGAAGAACCGCCAGUUGACGAUGCCAUGACGGAAUAUACAGGAGUGACUGAUUAUUCCGCGUUCACCUACACUGAUGAGGUUGGAGAGUACGAUGAGGAAGAAGACUAA